UAACUUAAAAUAUUCACAUUUAAGAAGCUGGAGUCAGAGAAUCUUUACUUUUUUUUCUUUAAACCUUUGUCAAAUCGAUGAGCAAAAUAGUUGGCUAUUGAUUUUAAUAGUUGACAACUAAUCAAUUAAUCGUUGCAGCUCUACUUGAAAGUAUAGCAGAAGCUUAUUGUGUGGAGACUACCGUUGUGUAAUUAGGAUUUUAAAAUGCUUUUGUAAUGUAGUAAACAGCUUCCCAAGUUCUUAAGAUUUACAUCCCACUCAGUACAGUUGCAUGACUGAGAUGCAGGGCAGUGCUGGAAAAGCGAGUGGAUGCUCAGCGAACCUUUGACAGGUGUGACCUCGCGAGUUUAGCUGUUCUGUGUAUCACAGCGUGCCCAACUCUGUCUGUCAUUUCAAAUGCGCACACUGUCUGGAACGCUGUUGCAGAAAUUGUGUUUUGGUCUCCUGUUUGCUUGCUAAACUUCUAGAGCGGGCUUACUGUAUGUGGACAUAAAGCCCAGGCUUGUAUAUGUAACUGUUUGCAAGUGGUUUUGUUGCUUAUUUUUGGAUUACACUGGCAUACAAAGAAAGCAAACACAGUGAACACAGGAUUGCAUUGUCGUCGUCAUCAUUUCCUGGCAUGGAAUUUCUUGUUAAAAUAGUAUGUAGUCCUUGAAUUUUCUGUUUCAGGUCCACUGAGGACAAAGCUACAGCAUAAGGGCAUUAUGCUAAGCCACAGGCUCCCAAACACUAAUAUGAUUAAACAAACCAUGAAUUACCCUUAAAUGGCUUUGUGAGAUGUUUUUGUAUAGGGCUAAAUGUUAUUUAAAGCCUCUGUGUUUAUCAAUAUGCCAGAUUGUCCUACAAUAUAAUUAGCUAAAAUGGCCUUUGUCUGCUUGUGUUACCGUCCAGCCCCAACAGUAAAUCUGUUGUUGACAGUUCGAUUAGAGAUUCACUUCAUCUUCCCUUAAAAACCAAAGACCUUUAUAAGCAUGGGAGGUUGUUAGACUUGUUUGCUUUUUUUUAAUGUAACCCUACCUUGAUACCUUGCAGUACAAACCCUCGGUGAAAGUCACCGCUGCGGCCAGCUGCAGGUUUCUAAUAAGAAUUUUGUAAACAUACGCCUGACUGGUCUGUUUGUUUAGUGUUCAUAAUGUCCACAAUCUGCUGCACAUGUAACGCCAUUCCCACACUCCUGCUGUUUAGAUGUCUUUAAUGCGGACAGGGCAUUUUGAGUAGUGCUUGCUAAAAUCCAUUAACCAACACAUCCAUUAUAUCCUCAGUCUUGUUUCUGUAGGACUUAAUUUAGGAGCACUAUUAACAUUUGUUGUUGAAUAACCGCUGUUAGCUUGGGCACUGGCUAUAUUAGAGUACAAAUAUAUUGUUCCCAGCAACACCUUUAAAACCAUAAUCUAGACAGAGCACAUACCUCUGUUCUAUAUGUCAGGCUAAGCCUGCAGGACAAGGUGUGGGUCAGUCCGGCUCACUGCUGUCAUUAAGUGGUUGAGCUUAAAAUAUUUGUGAGAAGUUGGUGAGGAGGUUUUUUUCCCGAGGACAUUCCACUGUUUUAAUGAACACGGUGUUAUAUUUUACUCAUUUCAAAUUGCUGACUUUACAUCAAGGCAAAAUACUAAAAUGGGCAUCAUGUCCUACCAAUAGUACACUAACAACCACACACACACAAACACACACACACACACACCUAAGUACACCAUGAGUAGCUGGUCAGGUGGUUGAUCCUAGACUCAGCUCCCUGACUGCUCAAAUACGCACACAUUCCCUCCCUGGGCCUCCCGUCCUCCCCGUACAAAUUAGUUAAGUCACUCGACUCAAAAGCCUCAAAACACUGAUCCUGUUACUUGUUUUAGUGCUGAUGUGAACUGUUUGAAUUGGUGUGCCGUGAACUCCCGUCCUUUUUGGCUUUUCUUUUUUUUUGGUGUCUGAUCAGAGGCCACGGAGCAUCAUCCACGCACCUGCGUCUUGCCACAGUGGUCUUUGCUGUGUUGCACUGCAGCAGCUCCCUGAUUUCCACCCGAGGAAUUCAUCACCAUGCACAGCGUCUUCUCUCUGACUCAGUGGCUUCAACCUGCAAAACUUGAACUUGAUGUGGUAUUUGUUGUCGCGGAUGGGGCUGUUUGACUCGAGUGCAUAUUUCAGAAGAGUUGGAACCCCCCCCUCAUAUUGUAGCUUCAGGACUGGGGGCCAAGCAGGAGGAAACGCAUUACGGGGACCAGAAGUCAGGGGACAAUGCGAGUCCACGUGCACACCAAGUUCUGUUUCCUGUGUGUGCUCACCUUCCUCUUCCAUCAGUGCAACCACUGCCACGGAGAAGGGCACAGCCAUCAGCACGAUGGGCAUCACCACGCCGACCACAACCACGUCCACAGCGACCUGCAGAUUUCUGAGGCUCCGUACGUUAGAGGAGCCACUCUGACCCCGGGGGCCAGGAGCACUCAGGGGCACUCUCUAGAGGAGGAGCAGCGCUUCUACAUCCAGCAGCUGUUCAGGCGCUACGGCCAGAAAGACCGUCUAGAUUUCCAGGGCUUUCAAAGUCUGCUGUUUAGCCUGGGUCUGGGCGAAGUGAAGGUGGUUGAUGUGGAUCACGAGGAUCUGGGCCACGACCACGUAGCUCACCUCGACCUGCUGGAUGUGCAGGAGGGGCUUCACACACAUUCAUCCACCAGCGAAGGCCAUAGCCAGGGUCACGGACAUGGGCAUGGGCAUCCACGCCACAAGCCCGGCUCCCACCAUCCACACACAGAACAGGUUCCCACACGGUGCAGCCAGGACACCACUGCUGCCAGUCCAGCUGCUGGUGAUGACCAUAAACAUGACCAUGACCACGCCAAGGUAGAGGUUAGUGACCAUAAACAUUCUGACGGACAUGUGCAGGGCGCGCAUGAUCAUGAUCAUCCCCACGACCACGAUCACACACAUGACACAGAGCACAAACGUGAGCAGGUGCACUCCAACCACAAGGACCUGUCUUCUCAACCUCACAGUGAUCACCAACAUGACCGCGAUCAUGUCCACGAAGCGCAGACAGGCACAGACAUUCCCCCCGUCAACCUACAACAGCAGCCCUCUCCCCAGCUGGAGCCGCCCCGGGCCCCUCAGGAGCUGCAGUCCUCUCCUGCCACUGCAGAAAGCCGGCCUAAGAAGCCGAGAAAGCCAGCCAGGGCCAGAGGACAGAGAGGGCGAGGCAAAACGCCCUCUCCUGUCACACCCGAGUCUGAUGACCAUGACCAUCAACACGAACACAGUCACGACCUUGACCGCGAUCACGGUCACUCUCAUAAAGAUAAGAGAGAAGCACGAAGAGGGUCCGCCUCCCCCACUUUGCCAGUCCCUGUCUUGUCUGCCCAUCCAGGUGGACUGUUUCAUCAGCAUGAGGAGUGUUUGAACCUGACUCAGCUGCUCACCUACUACGGCCUGAGUCCCGAAUCGCUCAUCUCCCCCAGCCAGUUCACCUACCUGUGUCCUGCCCUGCUCUACCAGAUAGAUAGUCGCGUCUGCAUCCGCCAUUACCACCAGAUGGAUGUGAAGCAGGAAGCCCUGGAGCCCGUCAGCUCCGUGUGGGUGUGGCUGUGGGGCUUUGUGUCCAUCACCAUCAUCAGCCUGCUGUCUCUGCUGGGCGUGGUGCUCGUACCCAUCCUCAACCAAGCCUGCUUCAAGUUCCUGCUCACCUUCUUGGUGGCGCUGGCAGUGGGCACGCUCAGUGGCGACGCUCUCCUCCAUCUGAUGCCCCAUUCUCAAGGGCAGCACGACCACGGCGAGCAUGCCAAGGGCGAAGAAGAAACCGAUCUGGCAACAGCCUUCGAUGGAGUGUGGAAGGGCCUCACAGCGCUGGCUGGCAUCUACCUCCUCUUCAUCAUCGAACACUGUAUCGGCAUGUUUAAGCACUACAAAGACCACAGGGACAUGAAGAAGGCGAGUGAGGAGGGCAAGAUCGGCAGGAAGUUGUCAGAUCACAAGUUAAACCGCCGCUCAGAUGCAGAGUGGCUGCACCUGAAGUCCCUCAGUGAAGACCCCGACAGCACCGCCGUCUCCUGCGACAACGGGCACAACGACACGCAGCUCACCGAGAUCCAGACGCCCGACUCUCCCACCAACAUGACGCCACUUGCGCCCGCGCACCCCCAACAAGACCGCCAGUCACCCACCAAGGAGAAUGGACGCAAGGCCAAGCAGCGCGGCCACGGACACUCGCACGGACACGGGCACUCUCACGGUGGGAACUGCCACUCAGACCAGGAGAUGAAGGACGCUGGGAUAGCCAGCAUCGCCUGGAUGGUCAUCAUGGGCGACGGCAUGCAUAACUUCAGUGACGGCCUGGCGAUAGGUGCAGCAUUCAGUGCGAACCUGACGGGAGGCAUCAGUACAUCAGUGGCUGUUUUCUGCCAUGAAUUACCUCAUGAACUCGGUGACUUUGCGGUGCUGCUGAAAGCGGGGAUGUCAGUGAAGCAGGCCAUUGUCUACAAUCUGCUGUCCGCCCUCAUGGCCUACGUUGGCAUGGUGAUUGGCACAGCUGUGGGCCAGUACACACACAAUGUCACCAGCUGGAUCUUCGCCAUCACUGCCGGCAUGUUCCUUUAUGUGGCUCUGGUGGAUAUGCUGCCAGAAAUGCUUCACGGGGACAGUGAGGACCACAAGCGCUGCCAGCUGGGACACUUUAUGCUGCAGAACCUGGGCCUGCUGACCGGGUUCAGCAUCAUGCUGCUCAUCGCCAUCUUUGAAGACCAAAUCGUUUUUGAUUUUGGCUUCGACUAGAGGCUGGGGAUGGUUGCGGAGAGGGGGGUGGACAAUAUUGUUCUUCUUGGCCUUAACAUGCAUUGUUUGCGACGGCCCAGUCUUGCAUGCAACGUGAGUCUCAUUCAUGACCCGUGCCUCCAUUCCAAACAUUCAGCAGUAGCUUAUAAACACUCUGCUCCUCCAUCACCUCUCCUCCGUCAGCUCCAAUCUGUCUGCUCCCUGCGAAGCAAAAAAAAAAAAAAAAGAAAGAAAGGAAAGAGAAUGAAAUGAAUGAAGGAUUAAAGAAGAGCGAGGGAUGCACUCCAGCAGGAAAACACCUCCUCUGCUCUGAACUGGUCUGAAACUCCCAUCAAAAGAAGAGCUGUUGGUUGUGAAGGUGGUGCAGGACGCCUGUGUUCCUGCAGAGGCAGCUGUCACGGCCCAGCAGCUCGCCGCCUAUGCACCGUCACCUGUUAAUGUGUUGUCGCCGUAUCCUUCCAACCCCCCUCAACCUCCUUGUCUCUUAUCCACUCUUAACUGUGUCCCGUCAUCCAUGCCUCGUACAUCUGUGGUGUGUGUUCCGCCCGCCAUCCAUCAUCGGCUUUAGAUGUCGUCACGCUGUGUAUGAAACAUCUCGCGUCUCUCUGUGCCAAGCCCUGGCCACUGGAGCAGCAGAACCGCCGCCGCUCCACACACCGUCACCGUGUCCUUACAGAGACGGAGAACUCACUUUAGCUAGCUGCUACGUCUGGAAUAAGCCUUUUAGCUCGUGUUGCUUCACCUGCAAAGUGUGUUGACGGCUAGAAGCUGCAGUGUCAAAAUAGUAAAGCGUUCCCCUGACUUUGUUUGUUUUUUUGUUUUUUUUUGCAACAACUUUCUCCAUUUAUUACUUCAGAGUUAUAUUUUAUUGUCUGAUUUGAUCUUUGGGACUAUUAAACCUUUGUAGCUCAUAGUGAUAGCUAACACAGCUGCCAAAGCCUUUACAAACUAGAAAGCCUUAUGACUGUUUUUGUUUAGAAACUAGAUGACACAAAUGUCUGACCAGUUCUUUUUAAGGGUUUGACAAUCUGUAGGCAAAAGGAGGCAUAUCCUUGUUAGGUCUUUUAAAUUAUGUCUUUCGUUAUAAGAAUCAGCAGCUUGAAAAUGUGAAUUCCCAAAACCUAGUUAUUCCCGUCUUCAUCAAAGUGUUGUAGUUUACUAGAUGUAUUUAAGGUGCUAAAAGCUGCGUUGUCCAAUCGGACCGCCCUGCAGUGGACAUUUAAUUACAGCAGGAGGUUGAUUUGUCACACUAAUGCAGUUUUGUUUCCUAUACUGUAAUUACAGGAGGUCUUUAUAGUGUCAGUAGUGCAGCAGCUAAAACGUUUGUUCCUGCUAAAAAUUUAUUUGGUGAGUACUUUUGUCAAGGAAUCAACGAGCCUCCUCACAAUCUGAGACAGACCGAGCAAAAGACAGUACUCCUGUAUCACAGCACUUCUAUUGGAUGUUUAACCCGCGUUAUCAAACCAUGUGGUAAAGAUUAUUAUUUUGAUCUUUUUACAAGCAUUCCUCAGGUAGCUUUCUGAGGAUGUACAUCAUCAUUACUCUGCUGACUCUGACCCCUGUGCCAAAACUGUGGAUUUUCAGUGGCUGGUGCUUGACACUGACCCGCCCCCCCCCUCUUCCCUUUUAGCCCUGACAUUCCAUUGGCUGUACUGCGGCUCACACGCUAAGCUAGGUAGCCUAGCUUCAGCUGCUGGAGCACACAGAUGUUGUGUGUGGCUUCAUUUAUCCUGUCACUGUGUGACAUCCAUCGUCUAUGUCUUAACUGGUUGUAAAUCAUCGUCAGUCACGAAGUCAUGUGAUUGGUCUGACAGAAUCAUGCAUGAAGCAUGAGUGAAACGGUACAGACGUUGUGUCGAGUGUAAAUUUAUUUUCAUUCUUUGUACUGCAAAGUUAAAGUAUCGACAACCUUUGUUACUUUUUAAAUUAAGUCCGUGUGAAGAUCGUGAGAUGUUCUUUGGGGUGUGACCGGUGUUAUGAGCCUUUUUGAAAAAUGAUUCACGUGUGUGUGAGUACGCACCUUAUGCAUCAGUUCUUUACUUUUACAGGCAUUUUAUUAUUUUCAUCUUCAUAUUUAAUGUUAGUGCACACAGGACCUGAAUGUAUCUUCAGUUUGCUCUUACACCAAGUAAAGUUCAUCAUUUUCGAUAAAAUAUAAGUUUGACAUUUAUUCAGUUGUUUUCUACAAUAUUAAUUUUGAUUGUGACAUUUUUUGAAACAGUAUUUCUCCUGAGUUCCUGUAUUAUCGGUAUAAUUUAAAUCAAAUCUGUACUGUCAAGUGUUCGAUAAGAGUUAGUGACACUUAAAGAAACUACGCCCCAAAGUUUCUUCACUGUUUAUCGGGCAAAGAAUUGUCUGUAAAAUGAAGGCCCAUGAUUGUUCUCAUUUUUGCUUUGUUGUAUGUAGAUUUGUUUAGCAAUCUGGAUAUAAAAUGCAAAAUGUGACUUCUUUGCUGUUUGCCUGUCUGUACAUUCUCCCCAUUACGAAAGAAAAAUAAACUCUGAAAAGAU